ACUGAGUCGUCCUCCUCUGUCUUCCCCUCUCCCUCUUUAACUCUGCAAGAACCCAGGCUACAGUCACUCAAUUCAUCGAAAGAAUGAAUUUUUAAGUAAAAUUAAGAAAACCCAUAAGUCUUCGGUUCCAACCCAAUCCAAUCCAUGGCAGAAAAUGCAGCUGCUGCCGCAGCCUCUUCGCCUAAACCUCUGCCUUCUCCGAAUACAAUUAUAGACCCAUCGUCACAACCACAAUCACAACAAGCAGCAACCUUGACGAACACUAACACGACAAACUUAACACAGACACAGACACAAAACCUAUCCAAUUUACCUCAAAACACGCAUAUCUCUUCCUCUCCUUCACUGGACCACUCCCAAAUCUCCUCUUCGCCUUCUCUCCAACCUCCACAACAGCAACAGCAACAGCAACCGCAGCAGCAGAAUGUCACCGCAAUGUCAGGCUAUCAAAUCCAACAAACCCUUCAAAGAUCUCCUUCCAUGUCACGCUUGACCCAAAUUAUCCAACAACAACAGAACCAAUACGGUGGCGUUUUGAGGCAGCAGCAACAGGGCUUAUACGGGCAAAUGAAUUUUGGUGGGUCUGCUUCAAUUCAACAGAAUUCGCAGCAGAAUCAACAAUUGAGUGGUUCCAAUUUGUCUCGCUCAGCACUUCUCGGCCAGACUGGCCACCUUCCUAUGUUCACCGGCGCAGCUGCCGCCGCCGCCGCCUCUCAGUUGAACUUGCCCUCACAAUUGUUGGCUUCACCGAGGCAGAAAGCUGGGUUAGCCCAAGGGUCCCAAUUCCAUUCUGGUGAUUCUCCGGGGCAGUCCUUGCAGGGGAUACAAGCAAUGGGAGUGAUGGGAUCGCUAAAUUUGUCACAACUAAGACCUAAUGGGACACUUGCAUAUGCUCAACAGCGAAUGAGUGCAGGGUCAAUGAGGCAGCAAUUGGUGCAACAAAACUCGCUCACCUCUCAGGUUCAAAGCCUACAAAGAACACCAUCACUGGCAUAUAUGAACCAUCAGUUGUCAGGGCUGGUUCAGAAUGCACAGCCAGCUAUGAUGCAGAGCUCUCUGUCACAGCAACAGUGGUUGAAGCAAAUGCCAACUAUGUCUGGUCCUGCCUCACCUUCACUUCGUCUUCAACAGAGGCAGUCACAGGCUCUCUUGCAUCAGCAAUUGGCUUCAUCUGGUCAACUGCACCAGAAUUCAAUGGCACUGAACUCACAACAGUUAUCCCAGCUGGUACAGCAGCAGCCCCAAAUCGGACACCAACAACUACAGCAGCAGCAGCAGCAGCAACAGCAGCUACUACAGCAACAGCAACAGCAACAAUCACAGCAACAGUUGCAACAAGUGUCUUUGCAUCAGCAGCAGCAACAUCAACAACAAUCUCCAAGGAUGCCAGGACCCCCAGGCCAGAAAACUCUUAGUUUGACAGGAUCUCAGCCAGAUGCAACGGCAUCUGGAACAACUACACCAGGGGGGAGUUCAAGCCAAGGAACUGAAGCAACCAAUCAACUUCUCGGGAAGAGAAAGAUACAGGACUUGGUUUCACAGGUGGAUUCACAUGGAAAGCUAGAUCCUGAAGUUGAAGAACUUUUUCUGGAAAUUGCCGAUGACUUUAUUGAUUCAGUGACCGCAUUUGCUUGCAGUUUGGCUAAGCAUCGGAAAUCUUCAACUUUAGAGUCCAAAGAUAUAUUGCUGCACUUAGAGAAAAACUGGCAAUUGACAAUUCCUGGAUUUUCAUCGGAAGAGAGGAAGCACCAAAGUAAACCUUUGCCUAGUGAUCUCCACAAGAAGCGUCUUGAUAUGAUUCGUGCAUUGAUGGAGUCCUCUCAGUCUGAAGAAAAUAAUAUCAGUCCUAAAGAGAUGAUAAGACAAGGGCAUGGCAACCCAGCUGUUACUAAUCACCUGCUAAGACCUUCACCAAGUUCAGAGCAGUUGGUUUCACAGUCAACUGGUUCUCCAAUGGUGCAGCAGAUUACACGGUUUUAAUUGAUUUAGGUUUUUGUCUCUGAUAUGGACUCAAUGCAGUUUGAUUAACUGCCUAGACUUUGCUGUUCGGAUUGGUAGCAGCAAAGCUGUAGUUGGACUGGAGUCCAGCAGAUCUGUAAUUAUAUGGGGUAAUCCCCAAAAUGGCCGUGGAGAUUGCAUCAGCGGACCAUCUAAUUUAUUAUAGUUAUCAUUAUUGUGUAAUCUUUUGAUUUGGUGGUGAAUAGCUCGUCUUAGUUCAAGUUCAUCUAGCGGCUUAAAGAGUGCAAAUGGAGGUUCCAGUUGCCUACAAUGUGUUUAUUUUGCUUAUUCAAUGCUGUAAGUUGACAUUAAAGCAAAGUACAAGAAUGGAUUUCGCAAAAAUUCUACACCAUUGGAUUUUGGGCCCCACGUGCGUCUCGCGGUUUUGUGUUCUUUUCUUUUCUUUGGGGGUUGGGGCACUAAUGAGACGGUGUAGGAUUUUUGUGAAAUUCGUUCCUCUGCCUGCUUUCAUGUAAAAGGAUUUUCUUACGUUCAGGAUUUGGUGAUCUCGUGUCUUAGCAUAUUAUUAGAUUAAUGCUU